CGACCUAAAAAUUAUCAUUUCCGUAAUUGAUCACACGACAACAGUGGUAUUCAAUACAAUUUUGCAAAAAUGAUGAUGGGUUAUAUGCAAGAGAUGACGUUUAAUAUAGACCACGGGUAUCUGGAAGGUCUGUUAAGAGGAUUUAAGAGCGGGAUCCUCAAGCAGAGCGAUUAUUUAAACUUGGUUCAGUGUGAAACCCUGGAAGACUUGAAGUUACAUCUACAGAGCACAGACUAUGGAAAUUUUCUUGCAAAUGAACCAAGUCCACUCACUGUGUCUGUGAUUGACGACAAAUUAAAAGAGAAGUUAGUUGUGGAAUUUCAGCACUUACGCAAUCAAUGUGUGGAACCAAUGUCCACAUUCCUAGACUAUAUCACGUACAGCUACAUGAUUGACAACAUCAUCCUCUUGAUCACGGGAAUUCUACAUCAGCGUCCUAUCAAUGAACUCAUUCCAAAAUGUCACCCACUGGGAAGCUUUGAACAAAUGGAGGCCAUUCAUAUUGCUUCGACUCCUGCAGAGUUAUACAAUGCCGUGCUUGUGGACACGCCUAUUGCUCCCUAUUUCCUUGACUGUAUAUCUGAACAAGAUCUUGAUGAGAUGAACAUUGAAAUCAUCAGAAACACUUUGUACAAGGCUUACUUGGAAGACUUUUACAGUUUCUGUCGGGAGUUGGGUGGAUCAACUGCUGAUGCCAUGUGUGAAGCAUUGGCUUUUGAGGCAGACAGAAGAGCUUUCAUCAUCACAAUCAACUCAUUUGGGACUGAGCUGACAAAAGAGGACCGAGCCAAGCUGUAUCCCCGCUGUGGAGACCUGUACCCUUACGGUCUCCAGCUCCUGGCUAAGGCUGAUGAUUAUGACUCAGUGAGACAGGUGGCUGACAUUUACGGGAACUACAAGGACUUGUUUGAGGGAAGUGGUACUGGACCAGGGGAGAAAACUCUGGAGGACAAAUUCUUUGAACAAGAGGUGAAAUUCAUGAAGAACUCCUUCAUGCAGCAGUUUCAGUUUGGAGUGUUUUAUGCCUACGUAAAACUAAAGGAGCAAGAGAAUAGAAACAUUAUAUGGAUAGCGGAGUGUGUGGCUCAGAGACACAGGGCCAAGAUUGACAGCUACAUUCCAAUAUUCUGAUCAACCACAGUGUCAAACUUACUAACACUGAUAACAUGGCAGGAUGCCAAAAUGAGGGUUUAAUUGUUUAUUUAUAUAAGGCUGUGAUUUUCAAAUGACAAAAAAUGAGUUACAUAUUCUCACUGCAAUAUAUAUUGGGUGAGAACUUCUCAUUGAAUUCUUUCUGUAACAUCUUUUAUUUUUCAAUCUAAGACAUGUCUCAUCUCAGAUUUCAGAGUGUGCAGUCUACACCAUAUAGAAUUAUUAAUUAUAUAUAAGAGGGUACAAGUUGUUGAAAUCCACUCCAAUACAUUGUAUUUUUUGGUUGUAACUCUAAAAGUGUUGAUUUACAUUUAUGCGUGUAAAACUUGUAGAAUAUCAACUAUGAUCCCAUUGAAUUACAUCCAAUGGCAUGUAGUUUUAGAGUAUAUAGCAAGUAGCUAUAAUAUCAAGACCAUUUCACUUCAUGUAUAUUCUAGUCAGAAGUUUGAUUUUAAUGAUAUUUAGAACUGUUAGAACCGUGAACAAUAUGCCCACAAAUGUUAAUGUGUAAUUGUUUUCAAGUCUUUGCAAUACCUAGACAGCAUCAAAAACAUAACAUUCCUUGUAGAAGCCAUGUCUGGAACAUUUGGCUUUUUGUUUUACUGGCAAAUGUAACCAAGAAAUGUGUAUUAAAAUUAUUACCAUAUU